AUGGCCGUGCCCCCCCCCCUUUCCCCUCCUGCGUCGGCCAGGCCCGGGAUCGCAAGAGACCGGACGGCCACAAGAUCUGGCCUCGGGCUCGGGCUCGAGUUCCCGCCGACAAGCAUGUCGGCGGCGAUGGCGGGCGUUAAUUUACCGGCGAGAACAUGUGCGAUAGCGAUCAUCGCGAGG